AUGGCUCAGGACUCGUCCACACAAAAACAAAAAUGGGGGAUGGGAUCCUUUUUCCAGCAGGCAGUGGCGGGCGUUGAGUCUCGGCUGGACAAUAUCCUAAUGGACGAGAGCGGAAACCAGACCAACACGACUGGAAAGGCCGCGGAGAAUGCAAAUGGGGACAAGCCAGCUACGAAAAGUCCGGCUGCAUCAAUGUCCCGCAGUUCAUCAAGCGCAAAAAGGAAUGAUCGACUACAGGAACGCCUGGCCCGAGCCAUGGUCAAACAAAAUGCCUCGAACCUAUCCUCUAGCUCCCCGCAAAGCAAAGUAUCGUCACCGCCUGCUAGCCCGGUGCCAAGUAUCGGAGCUCGGUCAAGCAUGGACAUCGAGUCCAGUGCUGCGUCCGUGGCGAGUGUGCCAGAAGACCAGAAAGGCCCGUCAACUGAAGCAAACGCUGUAAAUGCGAUAGACUCUCCAAGACCGAGCUUCGAUUCCGCGGACGUGCCUCGGGUGUCCGCAGACAUCAGCACCACGAGUUCUGUCCCUAGGACCUCAGUCGACGUCGCUCAGCCGUCUGCGGAAUCCGAUAAUAUUGACCAAGACAAUCUGGGAGCCCAACAACCCGAGUUAUCAAAUACUGUUGCUCCCUGCGAUAGUCCACGAGCUAGUGUUGAUGCACCAUCCAAUUCAACCGAAAACCAAAACCCGGAAAUUGUGCGCAUGCAAGCUGCCCACAAAGCAGCAGAGUCUCAAUGGCAGGAAGAAACACAUGGCUACGUUGAGCGCAUAGAUGCAUUGCAGUCAAAGCUCAAAUAUCUGGCGAAGGAUUCUGCAGAAACCGCUAAGAAUGCAGCGGCGAACGCUACACCCGGAAGCACACAAAGGCAACUUCUUGAGAAAGACGAGAAGAUUGCUUUGCUGCUUGAGGAAGGCCAGAAGCUAUCAAAGUCGGAGAUGGACCACCGAACUGUAAUAAAAAAGCUGCGCCAGCAACUCAUUGAGAACACCAAGUCGCAGACUGAAAUAAAGAAGAAGACGGAGAAGCUUGAACGAGAUCUGGCAAACUCGGAAACAAGAGCUAAACGGGCAGAGGCCGCUGAAAAACGGACAACCGAGUCUCUAUCAUCUCAAAACCGAUCGGCGAAGGAUCUGAAAGCUGUCACGAAUGAACGCAACGCCCUCAGUCAAACUGUGCAAGAAAUGAAGUCGCAGCUGAGUCGUGCGGUCUCUCGCGCCGAAGCCGCAGAGAGCAAAGCAAGCUCAGAUGCGCUAGAUCUGGAGAAGCAACGCGCGGCAGAAUUAGAGGAGGAGCUCUCGAAUCUGAAGAUUGAGCAUGACAUUAGCAGCGAAAAGGCAAAGAGGGAGAUUGCCGAGUUGCAAGAGAGUGUGGACCAGGAGAAGGACAAAGCGCGAAAGCUCGAAGCUGAGCUGAAGGGCGAACAAGCCGUACUGGAAAGCAAGAUGGAAAGCCUUCGCGCCCGCGCCGAAGAAGCUUCAUCGGGGGCGACCGGCGAAACCCAGGCCAAACUCCUGCGCCAGAUUGAGACCCUUCAGACUCAAUACGCCGCUGCUAGUGAAAACUGGCACACCCUUGAAGGCUCUUUGCUUUCACGCCUGGCUAAUGUGGAGAAAGAGCGCGAUGAUACGGGUCGACGCGAGAAUGAUUUACGAAAGAAAAUCCGAGAGAUGAAUACCAAGCUAAAGAAGUUCGAAGAAAAUCUAGACAACGCAAAGGAGACCGAGCACGACCUGAACAGCCAACUAGAGGAACGCACGCAGGAGUUGGAGAAGCUGCAGCAGAAGCUUACGAAAGCGGCUGAGGAUCUCACUUCAGCGCAAAAGGACAUAGCGGAGCAAAAGAAAACCUACGAUAAUACCUUGGCGCAGAAGCUGGAGGAUGAACGAACCAAAUGGAGGGACCAGAUGCAGGCGCAAUCUCCAUCGCAGACACGUGGAGUGUCCCCCGUCGCAUCCACUCGACGGUCCAGCACCCUGGACGCCCUGGCCCCCGGGCUCUCGGACUUCCGCCCUCCCAGCCGACGCUCGUCCGGCAUGCCGUUCGCUUCGCCAGACAUCGGAACACCACCGCGACAAAACUCCUACCCUGCCUCGAUCAACCAGACGACUCUUUCUCCCCCACCGCUCAACACCAACCCCUCCAUUAUCGGAGCCCCCUCCAUCAGCUUCGAGCCCGAUGAAUACUUUGGUGAUUCGGGCACCCCUGCAACUCCUUCCGCUUACGGGGGUACCCAGGCACCCCCACGGGGCAUCAAUGAUCUUAUUUCCGAGAACACCGUUGGCGCUGGCCCGUCCGUGCAGCUGGUCGAGCGCAUGAGUGCAUCCGUGCGUCGGCUGGAGAGUGAGCGGGCCGGCACCAAGGAUGAGCUGGCACGUGUGACGACUCAGCGCGACGAGGCUCGUCAGCAAGUCGUGGACUUGAUGCGUGAGCUCGAAGACAAACAGCUCUCCGCCUCCCGUGCCGAGGAACUUCAAGCCGAGCUGGACGACCUUGAUCAGCGAUACCAGACUACGCUUGAGAUGUUAGGGGAGAAAAGCGAGCAGGUGGACGAGCUCAAUGCCGAUAUCUCCGAUCUCAAGAAGAUCUACCGGGAGCUGGUUGACAGCACGAUGAGAUGA